GAAGGAGUUCACACAGGAAGAGGAAGUUCUGUCUGUCUGUCUUUUUCAUAUUACAGUCUUUCGCUGCAACAGUCAGCAGCGAGACAUCAUGGAGGUCACAUCUCUCUGCAUCAGACUCUUGAUGGGUGUGUUGGUCCUGCUGGUGGCACAGAUUGACCACGGAUACUUUGCUCAAACAGCUGAUUUUCCUCGUGUGUCUCCGGACAGGAAGCAGUUUUUUGAAUAUGAGACUGUUCACAUAAGUUGUGAGGACUUUAAUGAAGUGAGUGAAUGGAGAGUGAUGCAGAAGCUCCACAAAAAACAUCCCCAAAAUAAUUCUGACUGUAGCUUACCUGCACCGUCCUGCACCAUUUAUCCUGCCUUUGAAGCACACAGUGGAGGGUACUGGUGUGAGGACCUGGAGGGGAACACGAGUCGAAGCAUCAACAUCUCUGUUACUGCUGGACCUGUGAUCCUGGACGUUCCUGCUACUCCUGUGAUGGAGGGACAUGAUUUGAUUCUUCAGUGUAGAAAUAAGCUCUCACAAUCAAAACAUAAUGCAGUUUUUUUUAAAGAUGGUGUCCAUCUCGAGACCAUGUGUGGGGAUACAAUCACCAUUAAAAAUGUCUCAAAGUCUGAUGAAGGGCUCUACAAGUGCAUAAUCCCUGGAGCUGGAGCUUCACCAGAGAGCUGGCUUGGUGUUUUAAAAAAAUCAAACAUAUCCAGUGACCAGAUUCAACCCCCCGACAGACCGUCCUCUGAUCCUCCCACCCUGCUGUGGACUGCUGUGGAACACUGGACUGUUGUCAGUGUUCCACUGGUAGUCACACUUCUUCUGGGGAUGGGACUAUUCCUUUGCCUGAAACACAAAGUCUCAAGAGGGGAAAGUGAUCCUGAUCUGGACUACGCUCUGUAUUCUGCUGUCACAUAUCACAAGAUGGAUAUGGUUUCAGGUGGGGAGGAUGCAGCCGACCCAAACAACAUUAUCCUGAAGUUGACAGUCGAAGAAAAAACAAAGGCCAUCUGCAUGAAACUGAUGGAGAAAGACAAGCAUGUGUUUAUUUGUGUAUGAAACAUAGAAGAAUAUAUGUGUAAGGUUACAUUUGUGCCUCCCAAAGAUCAUGAUUGGUGUACUGUCCAACCUGAAUACUGUAGACGUGUUCAUAAUGUGAACUACAAAGGUAAACUGUGAAUCCUGACUUUGCCUUUAAAGCCAUACAUUUAUAUUA